UACAGCUGAACAAAUUUGCAUCCACUCUGACAUUGUACAUAUUGUUAAUACUGAGUUACAGUUGUAUCUUAAAAUUCUAGAACAAUGGUUGUUAAAGCGCCUACCGUUAAACUUUCUAGCGGAUAUGAAAUGCCUAUUGUUGGUCUUGGUACAUAUGCACGUAAAGCAGAACCAGGCCAAGUUCGACAGGCCGUUGAAUGGGCUAUCGAGGCUGGCUACCGUCAUAUAGACACGGCAACAAUAUACCGCAACGAGGGCGAAGUAGGAGAGGCUAUAGCCAAUAAAAUCAAACAGGGUUUGAUCACCAGAGAAGAACUAUUUAUUACUACAAAGCUCUGGAAUGAUAAGCAUGCUGAAGCUGAUGUGCUGCCAACGUUGCAGGAGUCCCUGUCUAAAUUAAAGCUGAGUUAUAUUGAUUUGUAUCUCAUACAUUGGCCAGUUUCCAUUAAUGAAAAAGGCGAAGAUGCGGAAAUAGAUUACAUCGAGACGUGGAGGGGUAUGGAGAAUAUUGUAAAGUUGGGUCUCGCUAGGUCCAUCGGGGUGUCCAAUUUCAAUAAGGAGCAACUGACUCGCAUUUUGAGUGUCGCUCAAAUUAAACCUGCUGUUCAUCAGUUCGAGAUUAAUCCAACUUUAACUCAGCACGACUUAGUGAAUUAUGUUAAUCAAUAUUCUAUAGUAUCAGUCGCGUACACGCCUCUCGGCCUGCUAUCUAAUGCCAGACCGGAGUUUGCCGGCAAGGACGUGAUCAAAACUGAUCCCAAGUUGGGCGAACUGGCUCAAAGAUAUGGCAAAACUAGAGCACAGAUCGCUUUGAGAUAUCUAAUUCAACGUGGUAUUACGGUGAUUCCUAAAUCUUUCACCAAAUCACGAAUAGAGGAUAAUUUGAAUUUGUUCGACUUCGAACUCAGCCAAGAAGAUAUGGAUGUAGUUGACAGUUACAAUUUGAAUUUCAGAUGCGUUCCUUCGCUCCCGAUGGCUAAAUUAAAAAACUACCCUUUUUAAAUUAAUUACAAAUAACUCGUGUCUCAUUUAUAUAUACUUAAUAAUUAUAUAUGAUACUUUUUAAUAACGAUAAUACAUUAUAACUUCUCAAUGGAACUUCUAGAUUUAUAUAAAUGAUUAUAUCUAUAUUGUAUAUUUUGUAUUGAGAUAUUUUUUAUAUGUAAUUAAAGAAUAAAGGGAUUUAUUGAA